AUGAAUGUCUCAUCAAUGGGACACUCUCAUAUAUUAUCAAUUAUAUUAAUUUUAUUGGUUUUUACCUGCAAUCGUUGUACACCUAUUAAAUGGCUAUCACUUCAUACUAUCACAAAUACAUGGACAGAACCAAGACAUUGUCCAAAAAAUCAAAAUUUACGUAAAAAUUAUGGAUUGGUCGCAUAUCAAGCUCGUAUGUGUCGUCGUAUAUCCGAUCUGAUGCCUGUCAUCAUUCGAGCAUCUCAAACGACUGUUUCCAUAUGUCAAAAAGUAUUUGCUGAUCGCCGAUGGAAUUGCUCAUCGAUACUUCGAGCGCCACGAUACAAAUCAGAUCUUACAAAAGUUAAGUAA